AUGUCGUCUCUUGCGGCCAUCCUGUCAGAUCCUGCGUAUCAUGACUACCUGGCCAUCCUGAAAGGUGCAAGGAAUGGUUUCGUUUACGGUGUCAAAGUGAGGUUCCCCCAUGCUCUCAUCAUGGCAAUUCUGUUUGGUCGCGGAUCGUGGAAAGCCAGAGUUCAGACAAUCUUCCGUGCCACGAAACAGCACGCUCUGAACCUUGCCAAAUUCGUCUCGCUGUAUAAGACUCUGCUACUCAUACAGAGGAAGUCGAAUCACGGCACGCAGCGGGGCGUGGACACCUUCAUUGCGGGUCUCAUUAGCGGGUACUUUGUCUUCGGAGAUCGGAAUGCUGUCAACGAGCAGAUUGUGCUCUAUGUGUGCUCGAGAGUCGUGGCAUCCUUCAUUCCUCGUGCUACAACACCCUAUGCGAUGGCUUCUACGGCCUCCUCCGCUGUCAAGCCAAUUCCACCCGAUGCACGGAAAUUCUCGAUAUUUGCAGCCCUCUGCUGGGGCACCGUCAUGUGGCUUUUCGCCGAAAGAGGGGAAACCAUCCAGCCAGGAAUGUUCCACUCGAUGAAUUACCUCUACCGCGAUUCGGAGCACUGGAGUAACCUGUGGACACUGUUGUGGCACAACAAGUAA